AACUCAGAUUAAUCUUUGUAAACAUUGUUACAAUUUCAUUUAUCUCGAUGAUCAUUUUGGACCUUCAGAUGAAAUGUGGAGUUGUUGUGCCUAAAGCCAAAACAUGCCAUAUAGCAGUUACAGAGAUCAUCGCUCUCACGAUGAGGAUUAUGUUUUUAUCUGAAGUGACAGAUGGUAUUAAGACUAAAGCACUAUCUUGGGCCUUAACAGCAGCAGGGUAAUGCUCGGGCUCUGAUCUCUGUUUAAAACCAUCUACAGUGUCAUUUUAACAGACACUCUGAGUAACAUCGGUUGGAGAAAUUUCUUCUUUACAGCACAUUUCAAUUUUUUAAAAGAAUUCCUAAAUCGCAAGGAAUUUUAUGUAAUCCUCUUGCUGCUGGGAUUUUUUUUUCAGGUAUACAUUUUUUUUUUCAACUUAUAUUUAAAGAUGGCAUCUGGUGGAAUGGACAACCCUGUUCCGAAUGAACUUGAAUGUAGUAAACAUAAAUGUUCUGCACAUGAGAGUUCUUCUGGACAGAAAACCUCAGACAAAAGUAAAGAGCAUCUGCGGGUACCAGUCAAUCAGUUGCAGGUGCCGCCACAGCGUAUACGCUCCAACUCUUUAAGGGAGGAAUCUCCAGAGGAACAACAUAAGUUUAUGAAUUUGAUCACUCAUGGCCAACGUGGACGUAUGGAGGACCAGUGCUGCAUCUUGGAUCCGAGCAGAAGUGCUCCAUCCUCACCCCAACAUGCAGAUGGGCAGCAGGUUGAAAAUACUGAGACCUUUUUUAAUCUUUUGGCCAACACUCAGAGUCACCGGCUUGAUGACCAGCGUGUGUCUCUUCCAUCUUUACCAGGACUACAGAAUGAAAGUAACACUUCUAAUGGAGACUCGAGCUACUUGUGCUAUAUGGUCUCAAAAGUUCAGGACUCCCGAAUGAACGAUCAAAGGUGUUCCCUGCCAGGCAUUCAGAAAUCUACUUCAAAUCACAAGCCUCCUUGUCCAACCUCCUUCAUUCCAAGCGCAGACAAACAACACCGAAAUGAUAAUGAUAAAGCACCUCCAAAACAGCCCUUGUCUAUGGCUGACCUUGAGGAUUUUUUCAGUUUAGUGAGUCACUCACAAGGCGGUCGAUUGGAUGAACAACGAUGUGUGUUGAAUGUUAGCCCCAAAACCACCACUAAACACCAACUUGUUCAGAACAAAGUCCCCCAAGACAGUGAUCAAUUCUUUAACCUGCUGUCUAAUGUUCAAAGUCACCGGCUAGAUGAUCAGCGGAUAUCUCUUCCUUCAUUACCGGGGAUACAGAAUGGUGGUAGCACAUCACAAACUUCAGCUGAAACUGAUGCAAACUACUUGUGUUACCUUGUUUCAAAAGUCCAGGGCUCAAGGAUGGAUGAGCAGAGGUGUUCUGCACCUCAAAUUCUCAAGAAUCUGGGUACUCCCUCUCCACAACGCAAAGAUGUUACACCAGAAACAACUGUCAAACCUCUUCAGAGACAGAGGUCUGCCUCCUUUAAAGGUGAUCGUUACUGGCAGGACUUGUGUCCAGCUGAACAGGAACAAUUGUUAAAAAUGCUGAAACAUGCUCAGAGUGGACGUAUGGAGGAACAACGGUGUACUUUACAACCCAGCCAAACCCCCUCUUUCUCACCAGCAUAUAAUGGAAAAGCUUUAAAUUAUUUACCAAUAGAUGAACAAGCAGAUGCAUUCAGGAAAAUGCCUUCUUCUAGUAAACCACGAUUGCUAGAUGGUCAACGCAUUGGUCAUUCUGCCCCAGAACACAGAAGUGAAAAAUCUAAAACAAAGGAUAAUGUUAGAAACUCGGAGACUGACAACCUUGUCUCUCCACCACAAAUUACUGUGGAUAAAGGCACACCAGACACAUCCAGAAAGAACUGUCCCAGGAGUACCUCUGAGACACAGUUGUCUCAUCCUGGCUCCAGCUCUGCUUUAGCUUUGCCCAAAUCUGCGUCAUUUACCCCAGAAGCAGAGUUUCAACAGGAUCCUACUUCAUCAGCACAGCUGACUUUAAAGGUGUCCAUGAGCAUCACACCCCCUCCGGGGCCGAAUAUUAACUAUCAGAUUCCAGAAGUCUUUCUCACUCUUGGUUCCCCAGGAGAAAGUGUACAGAUACCUUUGAGUCCAGUAUUUGGUAGACCCCUGUCCCUAGACUUAAAUCUCACACCAAAAAAGGAUAGGAAAUCCAAACACUGCUCUCCAAGCCGUGCUAGUCCCAGGAAAGCCCAUUCACGGCCAUCAUCUCCUUACUGUGAAACACCUACCAAAGUCAAUCUUGUAACCUCCUGCCCAAAUAUUCAAGAACAACUUUUGACGAGCGUUAUCACUCAAAAGGAUGACACUUCAUUGACUGAGAAGCUACCUACAGUCCAGCAGCAAAAAGCAAAGGCUCAAGGGAGACCAGCAACAGGGACUCCACGUAGGGAAAAAGCUGAGCAAAAAAAGGGAAAGGGAGGUGGAAAGAAAGAUAAGAAAAAAUAGUUCAAAUACAAUUUUGAAAGUGUGCAUUUUUCAAAAUAUAAGUGAAAUAUACAAAUAAUCGUCUUGGUGUGAAAAAUAAAGUCAAAUGUAUCAGUUUAUGUUGUUUUUAGUUGCCUACGUGUUAAAAAGUCUUAGCAGCAGUUUUGUUUUAUUAAUUUAACCACAUAGAGCUUAGAAUUUGUUGUAGGUUGUUACUUAACCAAUACAUUCUUUCUUCUUGUUAGAAAAAACAGAUCAAACUGAUGUUCUGCGUUAAUCUGUUUUAUUACUGUAUUCAUCAUGUGUAACUAAAAGGAUAAUGAUGAUGUGUAAUGGUAAAAGCAAAAUAAAACAUACUGUACUAAA